GCCUGACCAUGUGAGAAAAUAGGGCACCAGUUGCAUCAGAUGGUUGGGUAUUCAGCCGGUCUUUUUCGACGUGUUUGGCCAGUAAUCAGAAUCUCCCUUCGCUAUCUGCAUAACCGAUCCCUUCUGUCUUCACUGUGCCAAGAUAUGAGGCUGUAUAGUGAUAAAGGCAACCCGUUUUUAUUGCGGAUUCUCGCUGCAAGGAAUCUGGCUGGUGUAAAAUUGGACGUAGAGUUCACGGGACAAGGAGAUAAAAGCAAGUUCAAAAUUCCUGGAAAUGCGAAGUUUCCAGUUCUUGAAGUUGAGAGUGGCGAGUAUUUGUCCAGCCCAAAUUCUAUUUGCAGAUUUAUUCUUGAGCAGAAAUCAAGUAACCAUGAUGUUGAAAGUCAGGCACUUGAUAAUCAAUGGAUUGAGUGGGAAAGUACUCUUUUACAACCUAUUAUCAUGGAUUACUUGCUGAACACUCUUGGUCAUGGAAAACACGACACCAACAAUGAGCACAAUCUUAUGCCUCUGCUUGGUCGCAUCAACACAAGUUUGAAAUAUCACCAACAUCUUACAGGGAAGCAUGUGAGUGCUGCUGAUGUUAUUGUCUGGGGCUCACUCUACCCUCUGAUGACUACUGGUUUAGUCUCCAAAUUUGAUGCCUUAGUUAAAUGGAACAAGGACCUGAUGUCGAAGUCAGAAUUUGUCUCUGCUGUCAAUGACGUGACAUUAGGAUCUGGAUCACAGGCAUUCAAGAAAUCAGUACUUUCUUUUUUUGGACUUGGUCAUGAGGCAAGCAGUGAUGUUAAUGUUCAGCAUGCCAAGCCAGAGGUCUCAAAGCAAAAGCAAACACAGAAACAACAAGAGAACAAGAAACAAAAAGCUUCAGUGAAAGAAAACACAGAAGCCAGUACUGAGACCAGUGGAGCUAUCACAAUCACAAAGAUUCUGGCAUCAGCUGAGGAGAUUGAAGAUGCAGUGAAUGCCUGGAAUCACUGCUCUGCCAAUUUACCAACUGCAAGGAAACUUUAUCAUCCAAUAUUGCCAAAGGAAGGAGAAAAGAACAUUUUGAUUACAAGUGCAUUGCCAUAUGUUAAUAAUGUUCCACAUCUUGGCAACAUCAUUGGUUGUGUUCUCAGUGGUGAUGUGUUUGCUAGAUAUUGUCGAAUAAGAGGAUUUAACACUUUGUACAUUAGUGGCACUGAUGAAUAUGGUACAGCAACUGAGACAAAGGCUUUGGAAGAAGGCCUCACUCCUCAACAAGUGUGUGACAAGUACCACAAGCUUCAUUGCAGUGUUUAUGAUUGGUUUAACAUUCAGUUUGACUUCUUUGGGCGUACUACUACUGAAAACCAAACCAAGAUAGCUCAGGACAUCUUCUGGAAGCUGCACCAGCAAAAUCAUCUGGUUGAAGACACUGUCGAGCAGCUUCAAUGCACUGGCUGUCAAAGAUUUUUAGCAGACCGCUUUGUGGAAGGAAUUUGUCCAUUUUGUAAUUAUGAGGAUGCCCGAGGUGAUCAAUGUGAUGCCUGUGGGAAACUGAUUAAUGCUACAGAACUCAAGAGCCCCAAAUGUAAGGUUUGUGGAGGAACACCUGAAAAGAAGACAAGUAGACACUUGUUUCUAAACUUGACAGAGCUUGACCCGAAACUCAGGGAAUGGGUUGACAAGUCCACCAAUGAGGGUAACUGGUCACCAAAUGCUCGACAAAUCACACGCAGCUGGAUCCAGGAAGGACUUAAACCCCGUUGUAUAACACGUGAUCUAAAGUGGGGCACACCUGUACCACUAGAGGGCUACACGGAUAAGGUGUUCUACGUCUGGUUUGAUGCCCCUAUAGGAUAUCUUUCCAUAACAGCGAAUUACACCGAUCAGUGGGAAAAGUGGUGGAAGAACCCCAAACAGGUGACUCUAUAUCAGUUCAUGGCAAAGGACAACGUUCCCUUUCACACAGUUGUAUUUCCGAGCACAUUGAUAGGCGCAAAUGAUAAUUACACACUCUUGAAUAAUAUCAGUGCCACAGAAUAUCUAAACUACGAGGAUGAUAAGUUUUCUAAGAGCCGUGGAGUCGGUGUUUUUGGUGAUAAUGCCGCUGACUCGGGAAUUCCAGCAGAUAUUUGGCGCUUCUACCUCCUUUACAUGCGCCCGGAAGGCCAGGACAGUGCGUUCAGUUGGAGUGAUUUUGCGAUAAAGAACAAUUCUGAGCUUCUUAACAACUUGGGAAACUUUAUAAACAGGGCAUUGAUGUUCCUUCAAAACAAUUUUGCGGGCAAGAUUCCUGAUUUGGAAUUGAUGGACGAGGAUACAAACUUUAUCGCUCUUGUCAACCGUGAGCUGAAGGUGUACUAUGAAAACAUGGACAAGCUGAGGUUGAGAGAGGGGUUGAAAGUUGUGCUAAACAUUUCUAAAUACGGAAAUCAGUAUGUCCAGGCCAACAAGCCAUGGGUGCUCGUCAAGGGCAGUGAUGCAGAAAGGUGUCGUGCCGGCACUGUAAUUGGUCUGGCGUGUAAUCUGUCCUUCAUGCUGUCGCUUCUGAUCCACCCCUACAUGCCGACUGUCAGUAAAGAGAUUCAGACCCAGCUGAAGGCACAGGAGGAUUGUGGGAUACUCACGGAACACUUUGUGCCAUUCUUGAAGCCAGGUCACGUGAUAGGCACGCCCAAGCCGCUUUUCCAAAAGAUCGACCCCGCGGUUUGUGAGAAACUUAAAGCAAAGUAUGCUGGGAAAAAGGCGCCCAGCAAGGCUAAGCCUAGCGCUACUCCUAGCUCGACCCCAGCCCCCGGCGCAGCGUCUCCCGCUACGAUCGAAGCGUUACAGGCAGAAGUCACGCAACAGGGCGAAAAAGUGCGAUCCCUCAAGACAAACAAAGCUGAAAAAGCUGUUAUUGACGCGGAGGUAACACGACUCCUUGAGCUGAAGAAGAAGCUUUCGUUAGCCGAAGGAAAGGACCCGAACCAGCCCUCUACUGGAGGAAAGAGCAAAAAGAAAGGCAAAGGCAAGAAAUAGACUCCUCUAGUACAUUUGGACGUUUGACCUCCAGUAAGCUUAAUAUUACAGGUCAGGCUAGUCUGGUGGCUAAAUAAAAGGAAAAUAACGAAAGUGCAAAAAAUAAGUAUGACUAAAUAAAACAAGAAAAAGAUAUAAAA